CUCAUGUCCCUUUGUCUCUCGCACACUCUCACGCACACUCCUCCACGCGCACGCUGGUGCGUAUAAAGCUCCGCGUGGGCCCUCAUGGUCACAGUGGCACUGUGCGCCUGACACUUGGGGAGUCGGUUUCCCCCAUUGGAGCCUGAUGAGUCUCCACUCAGAUUAAAUGGACGCAUAGGCAUACAGCACCUGACGUUUUUACAGUGCGAUGGAUAAGACCUUUGCUCCUGAUGUCAAGGUCAGGCUUGAAAAGAGUACCUCCCAUCUGCCGCUCAGCCCCCACAGCAGGGGGCAGUGGUCCAGUAAAAUUGAGUUCCUUCUGGCUGUAGCGGGACAGAUCAUUGGCCUUGGGAACGUGUGGAGGUUUCCCUAUCUGUGCUACAAGAAUGGAGGUGGAGUCUUCUUCAUCCCAUAUGUGUUGUUCCUUUUCACCUGUGGGAUUCCUCUGUUUCUCUUGGAAACCUCGAUGGGACAGUACACCAAACAGGGUAGCAUCACGGGCUGGAAAAAAAUUUGUCCCUUAUUUCAAGGGAUUGGUUACGGUAGCCAGGUGGUUGUUUUGUACUCAAGCAUCUAUUACAUUAUUAUUUUGGCCUGGGCAUUCCUGUAUCUCUUCUCAUCUUUCAGCACUGAACUUCCCUGGGCAAGCUGCAGAAACAGCUGGAACACGAAAACAUGUGUGGAAUUCGAUCGAUUGAGUAAUUUAAAUGUGACCAUAGCGGCAAAUGCAACAUCACCUGUGCGAGAAUUUUGGGAGAGAAGAGUUUUGGACCUAUCAGGAAGUGUCCAUGAGCUUGGGGGGAUCCGAUGGGAGUUGGCUAUGUGCCUUCUGCUUUCCUGGGUAUUAUGUUACUUUUGUGUCUGGCAGGGAGUGAAGUCCACUGGAAAGGUGGUCUACUUCACUGCCACAUUCCCCUAUUUGAUGUUAGCAGUACUUUUGGUGCGGGGUCUGACACUGCCAGGAGCCUUAAAUGGUAUUAAGUUUUAUUUGUACCCGGACCCGUCCCGCCUCAGUGACCCUCAGGUGUGGAUGGAUGCUGGGACUCAAAUCUUCUAUUCCUAUGCAAUCUGCAUUGGGUGUUUAAUGGCUCUCGGCAGCUAUAAUAAGUACAAUAACAACUGUUACAAAGAUUGUGUGUACUUGUGCCUUCUAAACAGUGGGACUAGUUUUGUAGCUGGGUUUGCCAUUUUCUCAGCUUUAGGCUUCAUGGCGUAUGAGCAGAAUACAGAAAUAUCAAAAGUGGCUGAAUCAGGUCCUGGUUUGGCAUUUAUUGCUUAUCCUCGAGCAGUCGCCAUGAUGCCUUUCCCUCAGAUUUGGGCCAUUUUCUUCUUUAUUAUGAUCAUCUUACUGGGACUUGACAGUGAAUUUGUGGGACUAGAAGCCUUGGUUACAGCCAUUUCAGACCUGUACCCCUCCUACUUUCACGUGGGACAUCGGCGCAAGUUCCUUCUUCUCUCCAUCUGUGUCGUCAGCUUCUUUAUUGGCUUGAUCAUGGUUACAGAGGGGGGGCUCUACAUCUUCCAGUUGUUCGACUACUACGCCUGCAGCGGCAUGACUCUGCUGCUCUUCGCCUUCCUUCAGUCUGUGUCCAUUGGAUGGGUCUAUGGUGCAGACCGUUUUUAUGAUAACAUUGAGGACAUGAUUGGAUACAGGCCUCUUCCAAUCAUAAAGUAUUGUCUUAAGUUUGUCACACCAGUCAUCUGUUUGGGGACAUUUGUAUUUUCUCUGGUCAAAUACACUCCUCUGAAGUUCAACAACAUUAUAGAGUAUCCAUGGUGGGGCUAUGCUCUGGGCUGGUGGUUCACUCUCUCCUCCACUCUCAUGGUCCCAAUCAUUAUGGUCUACAUGUUGAGCAUCACCCCAGGAACACUACGAGAGAGAUUCUCCACCCUGUGCACACGAUCAAAUGACCUGCCUUUGACGAAGCCGGAGAGAAAAGCCCUGGAGCUGCUGGACAUGAGCUCGUGCAUCGAUAGAAAGUUGUCCCAGUGACAACUUUAAGGCACAGUUCGGUUUGUGCACUUUUUUAGGUUUUAAAAAUGUGUAAAUGUGCCAUAACAUUUUAUUGUAAAACAUUCCUUCUUUAUAUACACACUGUGUAUACAGUAUGGACAGCUUUCAGUGUUGAAUAUGGUCAGAUUUAUGCAAUUGAAUAUUUUCUCUAAUUACAAUUUGCACAAAGACGCACGAGCCGUAUCAUUAGCCAAUAAAGUGUCUCCUCUUUCCUGCUGAAGUCAAUGACUUUCUAUUUUUCUUUUUACUCAAAAACUGUGAAACUCCAUGUCCACUCCUCAAAACUGUAGCUUCACAACAGGCGGUUUGUAUAUAAAUAUUGUGUGCAACUAACUAUUUUAAUAAAUAAGCCAUUUAAAUAGUUGAAUAACUGCCACUUGUCAGCAUUAAUGACUAAGUAAGAUGUAAUGAUUUUUUUAUGUAAUAUAAGUGUAUUAAGUAGUGACCUCCCAAUCACUUUCUUUAUUUAUAAUUUGUUUUGUUUUUUUAUGACAGAAUUAUCAAACUAAUGGUGAGUGACUGUCAAUUAUUGCCUUACGUUUGAUGUGUGAUAAAAUAUGAAUGCUGUGACUUUUUUACAAAGCAAUUCUUGCUUUUAGUGUAAACAAUGACUGUAAAAAUGCUUUUGAAUAACAAAAAAAAACAAAACAUAUAACCUUUUAGUUUUAACAGAUGCCAUUUAUGUAAAACAAUUACAUUACUUAAUAAAUGAAACAUUUAUUUUUUUAAUGGUGUUGUAAAGAGUUAACUCUGGAAACAAAUAAAAGUUAUUAUAAAUU